AUGCCGCCCCGCAGCCCGCACGCCGCCGCGGUCCUCCUGCUCUUGAUCCUAAAGCAGCAGCCUUCCAGCCCGGCCCCGCGCAACGGAUUCGACUGGACCUAUUUUGGUCCUGAUGGGGAGAAGAGCUGGCCCAAGAACUACCCAUCCUGUGGGGGCCUGAUGCAGUCCCCAAUAGACCUGCACAGCGACAUCCUCCAGUAUGAUGCCAGCCUGGCGCCCCUUGAGUUCCAGGGCUACAACGCAUCUGCCAACGAGCAAUUUACCCUGACCAACAAUGGCCAUUCAGUGAAACUGAAGCUGCCCCCAGGCAUGCAUAUCCAGGGCCUCCCAUCCCGCUACAGCGCCACACAGCUGCACCUGCACUGGGGGGACCAGAAUGACCCCCACGGCUCCGAGCACACUGUUGGUGGGAAGCACUUCGCUGCUGAGCUGCAUAUUGUCCAUUAUAACUCGGACCUGUACCCCAAUGCCAGCAUCGCCAGCAACAAGUCAGAAGGCCUCGCCGUCCUAGCUGUCCUCAUAGAGAUGGGCUCCUUCAAUCCAGCCUAUGAGAAGAUCUUCAGUCACCUUCAGCAUGUAAAGUACAAAGGCCAAGAAGUGCACAUUCCAGGCUUCAGCAUUGAAGAGCUGCUGCCCGAGAGGCCCGCCGAGUACUAUCGCUACAGAGGAUCCCUGACCACGCCUCCCUGCAACCCCACUGUGCUCUGGACGGUUUUCAGGAACCCCGUGCACAUUUCCCGGGAGCAGCUGCUGGCUUUGGAGACAGCUCUGUACUGCACACAUGAGAACGACCCAUCCCCCAGGGAAAUGGUCAACAACUUCCGGCAGGUCCAGAAGUUUGACGAGAGGCUGGUGUACAUCUCCUUCCAACAAGGAAUCAUUCUCUCCGUGGCCCUGGCUGGCGCUCUUGGCAUCUGCAUUGUCCUGGCAGUAUCCAUCUGGCUUUUCAGCAGGAAGAAGAGUAGCAAAAAAGGUGGCACCAAUAAAGGAGUCAUUUACAAACCGGCCAUCAGGAAGGAGACCGAGGCCCACGCCUAGGCCCCGGCACUCCAGGAACAUCAGAGGAAGACUACUUUGGACGCUACACACUGUGGCUCCCUGGACACUUGAAAUAACUGAGGGCUCGAUGGAGCUCAACCCGCAAACACCCCAGACCUUUGGAGACCUCUAGCUGGGUGACCCACCAUUCUGAUGCUACGGCCACUCCCAGUGCGAUCGAGGGUAGGAAGAGCUCGCCAAGGAGGCAGGAACUCUGAGCUGUCUGCUUCAUCUGUGUGAGACCAGUAAGAGGUCUGGAGUCUGGGGACACAAACCAUGUCGCCUGGUGGGGGCUGUUAUUGAUUGAAAAACACUUCUCCAGGGGUUCACUCAAGUGUGGUUUCCAAUGCCCUGGAAAUUCUGCUCCUUGUCCAAGCUUUCAAACCAGAAUGUACACCCCCUCUUCGGUUUUCCUUUUGAGACCUGAGUCUGUUUUCUCAGGGAAGGCUAUUUUUUCUUCCUCUGAUUUCCUUCUGCUGUGAUAGAACCUUUAGUCUGACCUUGUAACUUGGAGAGUUGGGGGUGAAAUGGGAAGCAUUGAUACAGGAAGGGUCAAGGCAUCUGAGACAAAAAGAAAACAAGAGAUAUUCUUAGAAAGAUAGUAGAGGCAUCUUCAAAUUCCUGUCCUUUGGCUCUGACUAGACAGUAGAGAGAGAAUGGAAGACACGUAGGAUCUGGAAGAGUCUCAGAAGCUGUAAGACAGACUGUUAAGCCCAAGCCCAACCUCCUGUCAGGGGGGCAGUUACGGUUUAUACUCUAUAGAUUUUAUCAAUAAUUAGGCUAUUCCUUGAAAAUGUGCUGCUGCUUUCUCUCUGCUAGAGCAGAUGUGAGUUCUGAGAAUCUAGAGAAAAUAGGCAGAAGCAAAGUGAUUGAAGAGCUUUGUCUCUUUCGCCCAAAUUUAAUUUCUGCUACCUUUGUGGGGUCCCUACUAUCAACCUGGAAUUGGGACUUACCUACCUCUCUGACACUGAGGAUGUCGAGCCAUGGCUCAGUUAAAACAUAUUUUCAAGGUCUAACUGCAGGGAGUUAUCUGAGCUGGGACUGGCAGUGUGGUAUUUAGGGACCAAACUAAAGGAAUGUUACAAAGAUCCCUUCUGGUCUUCCCCCAAGUCCCAAAGACAGUUUCUGAGAAGACCCAACUCCUUCCCCAUCCCCUUUGAUGGAAGAGCUCCUUGGAGAUCAGUGAGUUCCAGGACCCAGGAGGAGCCUCCACCCCCAACCUCUCCAGGUCAGCACCUCCGGGUUCACAGAGCUUUGACUCCCAGUCUCAUUCUGACAGCAUGGAAUGUCCUCUGGAAGCACAGAUUUCUUCAUAUCCCCUCUACCUUCUGCUCCUCCCUCUGACUCUGACAAGUCUUCGCCUUUCUCUACUGUCACAGCUCUUCAUAGUGAUGCAAGCCCCAUGUCUCUGUAGCUUGUUUGCUAGGCAGAGUUGCAAAUGACCUGGUGGAGACUUGGAAAUGUGGGUGUUUGCAAGGCUUCUGACUGGGGCCUGGGGAAUCUGAUCCUGCCUUUAGCUCACCUGAUGCUGAUCAAAUGGCAGCAGGGACAGCCCAGUGACUGCGGGAUAUGAACUAGGUGAUGCUUUCUCGGCCUCGGCCCAACGCUGCCAGUCAGAAGUCAACAUGAACCACCCAGAGCUGUGGGGCUGACUCAGAAAGCUCUCUACACCUUUGGUGGACAAAUUUCGUGAGAGAACAGAGAACACUACCUGGCACAGUGCUUUCAUAAAAAAAGAUUUUCUAGGCAGUGAAACAGUGGAUUGUUCUUGCCCUCUCCCCCUCACACAGCCCAGGCUCUCGUUCCUUAGCCCUCGUGGCUGAGACGAAACAAAGCCAGGGAAGCAAACAGAAGGCUCCAAGAAUCAAUAUUCGACUUCCCUGCAGAAGUGGGAAACCUUUUCUCAGGUUUUCACUCAUUCCACGGACACCAGUUGCCCCUAAAGGAAACCAGUGCCUUGGUUUGGUUUGGUUUCUUUAGUAUCAUCUGGUAAAAAUAGUAGAAACCUAUACCUGUUUCCUUAAUAGACACUCGGGAUUUUGCUGCAUUGACUAGUACUCACAUUUCAAGUUCAGACCUUAAAUUGUCUCCCCAUUUCACUAAGCUCUCUGAGGGCCUCCUGCGGGCCUUGGGGUCUGCAGCACCCCUCUGUCCCUGUGCCUUGGAUGGACCACCAGUCACUGUGAUGAAGGUCCGUUUAGCACUUCUGAAUUUAUUGUAAGAAUGAUUGUAAUGAAGACACACUGUAAAUAUGAGAAAUUUUAAAUAAAAAGUUUUUCACAGGAGA